AUGCAAGCUGCCACCACCUCCUAUUCCGAGCAAGAAGUGUCGUGCAUUUGCGAGUCGCUUUUCAAUGAAGGCCUGCAAACAGGACGUACUGAACAAUUGACCCAUUUUCUAUGGACCCUACCGGAUCAUUUAAAAUGUCACGAAAGCGCCCUUAAAGCGCACGCUUUAGUUCUGUUCAGCCAACAACAAUGGAAACAACUAUAUCGAUUACUCGAAACGCAUAAAUUCAGUCCACACAAUCAUCCAGUGCUGCAAGAUUUGUGGUUACGAGCACAUUACACUGAGGCAGAAAAAACCAAGGAAAGGGAAUUGGGAGCUGUUUGUAAAUAUAGAAUCCGCAAGAAGAACCCAUUUCCAGCGACAAUUUGGGACGGUGAAGAGACAAACUACUGCUUCAAGUCCAAAUCCCGAAAUGUAUUACGAGACGCCUAUAAAAAACAAGCGUACCCGUCAGUGGAAGAUAAGAAACGGCUAGCAGCACAGACGGAACUCACCGUCACGCAAGUCUCCAACUGGUUCAAGAACAAACGACAACGUGAGAGAGCUGCCGGGACACUGGAAAAGUGA